AUGGAAGCUACAGACGAACUAAGUAAAGAAAACAGUAAACCUUCUGUAAAAGAAAAUGUUGUGGAACAAAAACGUAUACCAUCUCAGGAUCCUCCAAAAAAAUCGAAAAAAGGCGACCGCCUUAAUCAGGAUGAUAAAAAUAUGGAGCAACUCAUGAAAUCUUUGAAUUCCAUCCCAACAAUUGAAGAAAAAUUAGCCUUUGUCUGCAAAAAAUAUAUUCAAGGAGCAGAUGAAAAUAGAAAGAUGCAGUUCUAUAUCAAACAGUCAGAUAAACGGUAUGCAUUGUCGGUUAAAGAGAAGGAUCAGCUGCAACAUGAGUAUAACAAGACAAUAUUAGUUAAAUCAAAACUAGAAAAUCUAUGUAGAGAGUUACAAAAACAUAAUAAAGCUAUCAAAGAGGAGUCACUUCUCAAAAUUCGUGAAGAAGAAGAACGCCGCAAGGAGACUCAGGCAAAGUUUCAAAACACAUUAUCAGAGAUAACAGCAUUAUUGCAACAGAAUAAUGAGAAAAAUGCUAAACUUAGAGAUGACAAUAUUAGUAUGACUGAGAAAUUUAAAAGUGUUGUGCAGCAAUAUCAAUUAAGGGAACAACAGGUAGAUAAAAUGGCAAAACAGAUGGCAUUAGAAUCUCAAUUAUCAGAUGCAAAGCUUCAAAAGUCCGCACUGGAACAUCAAGCAGAGAAGGAGCGCUUACUUGCUGAAGCAGAACAUAUGAAAGUUACGUUAGCCCAGUAUAGAGCCAAGAUUAUGGAGCUCCAGGGAACUGAAACUGCAUUAAAGGGUCAAUUAGCAGUGUACACAGAUAAAUAUGACGAGUUCCAAAAUGCACUUGUUAAAAGUAAUCAAGUGUUCGGCGGUUUUAAGGAGCAGAUGGAAAAGAUGUCCAAAAAGAUUCAAAAAUUGGAGAAGGAAUCUCUAUCAUGGAAGAAACGCUGGGAGACAUCACAGACAGCUCUCUUGGAUAUGUGUGGUGAACGACAAGCAAGCGAAGAAAAAGCAGUGGCAGCCAACAGACAUUUGCAUCAUAUGCAGGGAUUAUGUAGAACUCUGCAGGCGGAACGCACAGUAUUGUUGACUACGUUGAAGGAGAAUAACAUUGAAAGGCCACCCCUGCCUACACCCGCGCCAGCACCGCCCGUACCGCCGCCGGCGCAAACUGCGAGUGAUGCAAAGGUUGAUGCCAUGGCAGCUAACUGUGCCCAAUUAAGACAAAGUCUGGCGCACCUGCAGACCCAACUAAACACAUUAACAAACAAAGAAGAGAAGGAAGAAUCACCGAAACCAGAAACCAAAAAGAAAUCAAAGUCGAAAAAGAAAGCUCAAAAGGCAGCUGAAAAUACGGAAACAGUAACAAAUGAACAGAAAUCAGAGGAAAACAAUGAAAAUGUAAAGAAUAAUGAAACAAUAGCAGUAGACAAUGCGACACCAGAAAAUGUAGAAGCAGUAGACGAAAUAAAAGCUGAAGAAAAUGAUGAAAUACAAAAUAUUGAAACAAGAGAUAGCCCUGAUGAAAAAAUUGAUAGUAAAACUAUGGAAAGUCUUAUACAAGCUAUUAAUAUGGCAAAUAUCAAUCUGUGUGACUUAGAAGUUGUCAGUGACGAAAUUAAAGGAGAAACACAAAAUCCGGAAUUGAGUAAUGAUAUUCAUGAAAGUACUAAUGGAGAUGUCAAUGAAAUUUGUGAGAAACCGUGUGAAUUACCUCAAGAGCCAAAAAAUGAUAGUAUUACCGAUCUAAAAACUAAGAAUAUAAUCGAAAACCAAUAA